GCUGUUCCAUCGUUGCCAAGCCCAGUGACCUUUGAGGAUGUGGCUGUGUACUUCACCCGGGAGGAGUGGGAGCUCCUUGAUGCAGCCCAGAGGCACCUGUACUGUGAGGUGAUGCUAGAGAACUUUAAGCUCAUGACCUCCCUGGGGCAUUGGCAUGGAGUAAAGGUUAAGAAGUUCUCUCCUAAGCAGGGCGUUUCUGUAGAAGGAGUGUCACAGGUCAAGAUCCCCAAUGCAACUCUUUCCACCCAGAAGGCUGACACCUGUGAUAUGUGUGGCCCAUUCUUGAAAGACAUUUUAAACCUGGAUGAAAAUCAAGGAACACACCCUGAAGAGAAAUCAUACACAUGUGGAGCAUGUGGGAGAGACUUACGGUCCAGUGUAAAACUUAACCAGCACAAGAAGGAGCAUAGUGGAGAGAAUCUCUUCACAUGGCACAAGGACAAGGACUCAUUUGUGAAGACCUAUAAUGAACACCUGUCACAGAAGCCUUUCAUUUAUGGAAAGGGUGGGAAGGAUGUCCCAGACAACUGGGACCUCCAGCGCCAGCCCAUUCACAGCAAGGGAAAGCCACAUAGCACCAAGCACAGAGAGACCGUCCCAUACAGCUCCAAUUUAGCACAGCUUCCAGGAAUCCACACUACACAGGGACUCUUCAAGUGCAACAACUGUGGAAAAGCCUUCCUUAAGAGCUCUGCCCUCCUCAACCACCUCAGAACUCACUCUGAAAAAAGACAUUAUAGCUGCCCAACAGGCAGAAAUUCUUUCAAGGGAAAAUCAACCCUUGCUAAUCACCAAAAGUUUCAUAUUGGGGCAAUAUCCCAUGUGUGUAAGGAGUGUGGUAAAGGCUUCAGUCAUCUGUCUAAACUAUGGAUGCACCAGAAAUUUCACACCGGAAUAAAAUAUUAUGAGUGCAGUGAAUGUGGAAAACCCUUUAGCCACAAGAUCACACUCGUACGUCACCAGAAAAUUCACACAGGAGAAAAGCCUUAUGAGUGCAAUGAAUGUGGGAAAGCCUUCAAUAACAGGUCACACCUCAUUCGACACGAGAAAAUUCACACUGGAGAAAGGCCUUUUGAGUGCAGCAAAUGUGGAAGAGCCUUCAGCCAAAGCUCCAAUUUCCUUCGGCAUCAGAAAAUUCACACCCAGGUAAGGCCAUAUGAGUGCAGCCAGUGUGGGAAAGCCUUUAGCCGCAGCUCUGCUCUCAUUCAGCACUGGAGGGUUCACACUGGAGAAAGACCAUAUGAAUGCAGUGAGUGUGGAAGAGCCUUUAGCAAUAACUCUAACCUUACUCAGCACCAGAAGGUUCACACUGGAGAGCGGCCUUUUCACUGCAGCGAAUGUGGGAGAGACUUCAGCCAAAGCUCUCACCUCCUUCGGCAUCAGAAAGUUCACACUGGAGAACGACCUUUUGAGUGCAGUGAAUGUGGAAAAGCCUUCAGCAACAGCUCCACCCUCAUUCAGCACCAGAAAGUGCACACUGAUCAGAGGCCUUAUGAGUGCAGUGAGUGUAGCAAAUCCUUCAGCCGCAGCUCCAGCCUGAUUCAGCACUGGAGAAGUCACACUGGAGAACGGCCUUUUGAGUGCAGUGAAUGUGGGAAAGCCUUUGCUCACAGCUCCAGUCUCAUUGAGCACUGGAGAGUUCAUACCAGAGAAAAGCCUUAUAAGUGCAGUGAUUGUGGAAAAUUCUUCAGCCAAAACUCCAUUCUCAUUAAACACCAGAAAGUUCACACAGGAGAAAAGCCUUAUGAAUGCAGUGAAUGUGGAAAAUUCUUCAGCCGUAAGUCCACCCUCAUUUAUCACUGGAGAGUUCACACUGGAGAAAGGCCUUAUGAAUGCAGUGAAUGUGGAAGAGCUUUCAGCAGUAACUCCCACCUGGUUCGUCACCAGAGAGUUCACACUCGAGAGAGGCCCCAUGAAUGCAGCCAGUGUGGGAAAGCAUUUAGUGAAAGAUCCACACUUGCUCGUCAUCAGAUCAUUCACACCAGAGAGAGGACUUUUGAAUGUGGCCAGUGUGGGAGAAUCUUUAGCCGCCUCUGCAAUCUUGCUCAGCACAAAAGGAUUCACACCUGAGUGAAGGCUUAUGAAAGGAGUCUUUAUGAGAAAAUCUUCAGACAUGUCAAACUUCCUGCACCAAAGCA